GUGUCCUUCGCCUAGUUGCAGCUUCGAGUCCGUCUCUCUCUCAAGAAAAAAAGAAAAGAAAAAAGUACCGAAACGUAUGUAUCAAUUUCAGUGUCUGUCUGGUCUGUCUGGUCGGUCGGUCUGUAUUCUCUCUGCUCGGCUGCCUGUCCAGCUGCCUUAGGAUCAGAUCGUCGAUUUCUCGCACGUUCCUUUGAAAAAGCUCGUGGCAUAGGACAGGAGACUUGAGCAGAGAAACGGGUCCCGGCACUGGUGAGCCUUGUCGCACACCUCGUCCAACUCCGCUUCCAGCUGCACCCCCACACACGUAUGUACGCGAGCGAGCGUGUCUGGCUGCACAUUCGGUCCGUGCUUGGCCUUCUCCUUCUUGAAGCACUUCGGCUUCUGGUACUUGGCCACGAGGGGAGGCGUGUAGCAGUCGUGGUCCUUGAUGCACUUCUUCCCCCAGCUCUUCUUGUUUGAGCCGGCCGUUGGCAGCAGGCUGGCCAGUUCCGUGCCCAGCUGCGUCACCUCGUUGUCCUGCUCGACCGUCGGCUCUCCCUCGAGGGGUCUGCACUGCUUGAAGUGGCCGUAUCCAGGCAUGGAGACACAGGCACACACGCGCUUGCCCUCUCGGCCGCAGUAGCCGUACUCGGGCAGGCUGGGGCGGCCCACGUGGGAAACCCUUGGGAUCAGCUGGAACCAGUAAUCGAUCCCGCAGAAGGCCUCCCGCCCAGCAGGGGUCCUGCCUUCAGGAAAGUUGGUGAUGAUGUCUUUCAGCUUCGCUCCGGCCAUCGUCUUGCCAGGGUCCAGCCUGAAAUCACACACACGUGAGUAGAGAUGUGAGUAUGCAUGGUCAGUACGAAAGAGGAGGUCAAAUGGUGUACCAGAGGAAGGUCAGGGUCUCGGGAAUGUUUUCCCCCUUCUCUGCCAUGAUUGACCGGGCGUCCUUGUCCAUGAUUUCCUGCCACUGUGACAGCGUUUCGUUGGGAAACACGCAGGGGGACUCGGCGCUUAACUCGAGCCCGCCAUGGCCACUGGGCAGCGUGGCGGCCAGCGAGCGAUGCGGCGAGACUCCGGCUGGAUCAUCCACACACAUGAGACGGGGCUUCCUCACGACGUCUCUUGUGCACGGCCCAUCGCUCACCGGUGUGAUUCAGUGCCGCGGCACCGGAGGGGACGGCAAGGAGCGCCACAAGCUGCAGAAGCGGCAACAUUGUCAUUGCAAACCGCCUGACAUGCAUCCCCGUCUCGUGCAGUGGCGUGUGGGUGCACCUACCGAGGCAGCCGGCAGGAGAAGGCUCAUCAUGAUGCUUGAACAAGCACGGGCAACCAAAAGACAGGAAACUUGAAGGCAAUCCUCAGACUUCGAGACGG